UUAAGAAAGCAACACAAUCAUUUUACCUCACUCUUUUAUCUCUCAUUGAAUUCCUUACCAAACUCUCUACUUCUCUCUUUUACCUUCCCUUCACUCUUCUUCUAUGCAGAGGGCAUGGACGGUACCUUCGAUGAAUUUUUGGUUGACGAAUUCCUUGACUUCUCCAAUAAUGGUUCCGCUGAAGACGAAGAAGAAGAACACCCACCGGGGUAUAACGGUAAAAAACCAGAGAAAGUUGAAGCUGAAAAUAUUACCAAUUUAUCUGGAAAACAAGAGUUUAGUGAACUCAAUUUUCCGGAAAAUGACGAGGAUAACCUCGAAUGGCUAGCUCAUUUUGUUGAAGACUCAUUCACGCAUACUGCCGGAAAAUUACUGAACCAGUCGGUCCAAGACAAUAAAUCAUGCUUCGCCACUCCGGUUCAAACCGGGGCAAGAACCAAACAUACAGCCGCCGCCCGAGUUUGGUCACUUCCAUUGACCGAGUCAGCUUCCACUUCCACUUCCUCUUCCUCCACUACAACGACAUCGUUCUUGUCAUCACCUUGUUUCAUUCAUACAGCUGAGUCGAUAGUACGGAAGCCGGCGGCGGUGAAUAAGAGGAGGAAGAAGACGGCGGGAGGUGUGGUUCAACCACGGCGGUGUAGCCAUUGCGGUGUUCAGAAGACCCCACAGUGGCGGGCCGGUCCAAUGGGUGCAAAAACUCUUUGCAAUGCAUGUGGGGUCCGGUUUAAAUCCGGUCGGCUUUUGCCGGAGUACCGGCCGGCUUGCAGCCCGACGUUUUCGAGCGAGCUACAUUCCAACAAUCACCGGAAAGUUUUAGAGAUGCGGCGGAAGAUGGAAGUAGAAGGCGGCGGUUUGGCUCUAUCCGGUUCAGAAUUUUUGAAGAAUUAACUUUAACAUGGUAGGGUUUUUUUUUUAUUGGAAUUAAAAGUAGGUUUGUGGACUUUUUAUUUUAGUGAAGUAGUAGAAAUUUUAGAGGGAAAAAGGAAGAACCGGAGUCGGGGCCGGUUUAUUGUACAUUUCUGAUGCGAGAUGAUAGAUACUAGAUUGUGUAGUAGGUAUUCUACGGGUAACGGAUGAGGAGAGUUGUUUAUGUACUUUCCAGUCAUACUCAGAAGAAAAACGAAAAUGUAUAUUUA